AUGGUGAAGGCGACUGAGAAGCGCAUAUAUCUUACUCGCCACGCACAGGCAGAGCACAAUGUCGCCGAGGACUACACUAUCCAUGACGCACCCCUGACUGCGCUCGGACGGCAGCAGGCUGCUAAUCUGCACAAAGACACGAAGGAAACCAUCCAGCAAACGGCGGAACUGCUCGUGACGAGCGGGCUCAAGCGAACCCUAACGACGACCGCCAUCGGUUACGCUACGCUCAGGAAGCGUCUAGAAGAACAAGGAAAGGGUGUCGUCGUUCUGCCGCAGUUGCAAGAGUGCAACGACCUUCCUUGCGAUACAGGCUCACCCCGCGAGGUGCUCGAAGCGGACCCCGAGUACGCCGGCAUCGACUUCAGCACGCUCACGCCCGACUGGACGUCCAAGGCCGGUUUCUACGCCGCGACGUCCUCAGCGCUCAAGGCCCGCGCGCGGUGGAACCGCCGGUGGCUGCGCGAGCGCCCUGAACGCGACAUCGUUUUGGUGGCGCAUGGCGAUUGCUUGCGCUACAUCACCGACGGCGAGAACUCGUUCAAGCCGUGGGCCAACGUCGAGGUGCGCGAGUACACGUUCAAGGUAGAGGAUGAGGAGGACACCGACGGCGACGCGUGGCUCGUGGAAGUGAAGAAGGUCGUGCAGGAGGGCGCGGACCUGCCGACGUCGUCUUCGGAGAGGUUCUCUGCCUAG